AUGGCUCUCAUCCAGGAAGGCUCCGCCACUGCCCCGGAUGGCAUUCCACGACCAACCACGACUCUACUGUCGCUUUCAAAGUCCCCAAAAUACCUCCAUCACCCACACUCCCAUUUUCCCGAGAUCGCCAAAGCAUAUAUGAGACUUCGAGAAGACGCACAGAAUAUCUAUCCGUAUCUAGUCCAGCUUACUGAACCAGCCAGCCUGUCCUCCCCGACCCUUGGUCAACGAUCGCGCCAUCGAGCAGCAUACACCGUGAUCACUGCUUUGGCACUUUUUCUAAACACUAUUCUCCGUACAUUGGAUUCAGAAAACGUCAUGCUCGCCCAGGAGUCGACCUUCUUUUGCGAGCAAAUCAUCAACGAGGCUAAGUUGGCUUCCAGUUACCGUCCGCUUGGUGCUGCUUAUGUUGUGCCGUGUCUGGUCGUGGCAUUGGGUACUGCAGAAGAUCCACAGCAGAUGGCCCGCAUCAAGGCCACAUUGACCGAUUACCAGACUGACUUUCAUGGAUUUGAAUGGAGGGAACUUGCUACGUGGCUCAGGGCUGUAUUUCACAGCCACCGCGCACGGGAACCCCUGGUAUCAAGCAAUGUAGAUCUCUUAGCUUUUGAGGUUCAAGGAGCUUGCAUGACGCAGCUGCAGGCUAUAUUCGGACUGUGUCUAUAUUCGGACUGUAAUAAAAUCAAACCCCUCUGA